AUGUCGGAGUACACCAGGCCCGGAACGACUCGCAAAUCGGUGGAGGAAUACGAAGGUUACGGUUGCGCACGAAACGGCAACGUGUCGGUGUCAGAGGUGUCAACGACGAAGGUGUCGGAGAGCAGCGCGAAGCUAUCUUCGCAGGCGAGCCAAGGCAAUCAUCGGGAAGAGAACAGCUGGUGGGUGGCGGAGGAGGGCGGAGGUCAAGAGAUAAGGGAGCGUGAUAAGGGCGCAGCGGUGGCGGGUGAUCUGGCUUGCCUGGCGGGCUACAUGACGGGGUACUUGAAGGCGGCGGGCGCCUCUUGCGCCCCGACCGGUAGUCCUCAGUACCAUCCCCACAGUCAUCCAGCCAUGGGGGUUGGUACUCAUCCACAUCCGCACUCGCACCCGCACCCGGGUGCACCUCAUCCUGGACUGCCUUCGCCCUUCGCGCUCGCCACUCACGGUCAUCCGCAUCCUCAUCCGCUCGAGCAUGGACUCGCUGCCUUUCCGCAAGGAAUGAAUCAGCGCAAACAACGUCGGGAAAGAACAACCUUUACCAGAGCUCAGCUGGACGUGCUAGAGGGACUUUUCACGAAAACGCGGUACCCGGAUAUCUUUAUGCGAGAAGAGGUCGCUCUGAAAAUUAACCUGCCCGAGUCACGAGUUCAGGUGUGGUUCAAGAACCGUCGAGCAAAGUGCAGGCAGCAACUGCAGCAGCAGCAGCAGCAGCAGCAGCAACAGCAGCAGCAGACCUCGCCGUCGAAAGGGUCGCCGAGGUCGAGUCAGAGCCAGAGUAACAGCAACAACGGGAACAAGAUGUCCACCAGCUCUUCGGCGACGCCCAGCAGACGCUCCUCUCCGGUCUCCCCGCCGCGAGGCAAAGAGGCACCGGGCCCCAAUUCGCCGCUGCUGUCAACCACGUCGACGUACCCGCGCCUCGGCGUGACGCCGACGGGCGGAAGCGGCGCGAACAGUGCCCUGACCACUCCGUCUCCGCCGUUGACCCCGGGUUCCAGCCAGUUACCACCGUCGUCUUAUCCGCCUCCGAUGAACCAGAUUCAUCACGGCGAGUAUGGUUUCACUUGGAGUUCAGCGUCACCCGGCUCGGUGAACCCGAGCCAAUGUUACGCCGGGCAGACCUACAACGCCUACCAGAAUCCGUACACCAGCGGCGAUUAUUAUCAGACCCAGAUCUCGCAUAUGCACCACAGCCCGCAAGGAAAUUAUCAUCAUCCGCAAUAUCAUCACAACAUGACAUUGACGUCCUCGAUGUCGCACUUGACCAGUCAUCAUCUGAAUCCGACCGGCACCAACGACAUGGCCGCGUCUCCGUCGGACUCGGACGGUUACAUACUGCCCGAUCAGAAGUAUCAGACGAUGGUAUAG